GGAAGGGAUUUAGUACAGCAAUUGAUUUCGUCAUUUCGUGAGAAACGCUGGAGAUAGAAACCGCCUCCUAGGGCCCCGAGAGAGAGAGAGAGAGAGAGCAAAGCUUUUAGAGGAAAUGCCGGCGAGCGCAACAGUGAUUGGAGUUCUGCUGGGUUUCGGCACCCAGGUGUACUCUAAUGGCCUCCGUAAACUUCCCUUGAUGAGGCAUCCAUGGGAGCACGUUUUAGGGAUGGGCCUCGGCGCAAUCUUCGCGAACCAGCUCGUCAAAUGGGAUGCCAAGCUUCAGGAGGAUCUUGACAAGAUGCUUGAGAAGGCUAAGGCUGCUAAUGAGCGCCGUUAUCUUGAUGCUGAUGAAGAUUAGCACCUCUGUGAUCUUAGUUUGCUGGACUGUUUGGCUGCACAUGUGGAGCCUCUAAGCUGGUUCAUCCUUUCGGGUUAUAGACACAGACAAUUCACUUUAUCUUAUCUCUUGGAUUGCUGUUUGUAAUAUUGUCCAUUCCCCACCCCCAAAAGAUUACUGAAUUAGCUUAAGCCCUGUGCAAGACUCUGCAAUGCAUUGAAAUGCUAAUGGAGAAAAAUAAAGUUAAAUCAGAAAAUAUAAAAGUAAUGGUAAGAGCAAAUCUACUAUUCUUUAA